UAAUGGCGAAAAUGCUUAACUUUCUCCGGAGUUCCCACUACGGCUUCUAUUCAAGAAAUACGAGGCGUUUUAGUCACUCGACCCUCGUAUACUCCGAAGAGGUGAAGUGCGCGAUAACAGAAAAUAAACCCAUCGUUGCCCUGGAAUCUACUAUAAUAACGCAUGGAAUGCCCUAUCCUCAGAACGUGGAGACAGCGCUUGAAGUCGAAAAUAUCAUUCGAGAACAAGGAGCUGUUCCAGCAACUAUUGCCAUACUAAAAGGACAGCUACAUAUCGGACUUACGAAACCCCAGCUAGAGAAUUUUGGGAAGCAGAAAGGAGUUAUAAAAACAUCUAGACGAGAUUUAGCCUUUGUGGUCGCUGACAAAUUAAAUGGAGCCACAACAGUGGCUGGAACAAUCAUUGCAGCUGAACUAGCUGAUAUUCCUGUAUUUGUAACUGGGGGAAUAGGUGGAGUACACAGAGACGGCGAAAAUACAAUGGAUGUGUCUGCAGAUCUCACAGAACUCAGUCGAAGCAAAACUUUAGUUGUGUGCAGCGGAGUCAAAUCAAUACUCGAUAUUGGGAAAACACUUGAAUACUUGGAAACCCACGGUGUAACAGUUUGUGCAUUCGGUGAUUCGAAGGAAUUUCCAUCGUUUUACACGAGGCGAUCUGGUUUUGAAGCACCUUACAAUGUGAUAGACGCAACGCACGCAGCGCGCGUGAUGAAAGCAGCUCGCGACUUACAUCUCUCCUCUGGCAUCGUGGUUGCUGUGCCGAUCUGUGAAAAGGACGCAAUGAACGAUAAGGUGAUCGAAGAAGCAAUAGAAAAUGCUUUGCGUGAGGCCAACCAGAGAGGGAUUCGUGGUAAAGAAAUUACACCAUACCUACUGGCGGCAGUCUCCGCAGCAACUGGUGGAGCAUCUUUAGGAGCUAAUAUAGCGUUAAUAAAAAAUAACGCGAAGGUCGGAGCCGAUAUAGCGGUGCAGUACCAAAAGUUGAGAAAUAACUGUAGUUCUGAAGAGGGUCAUAAAAUGGGAAAUAAUCCACAAUUCCAUGUGCCUUCUAGAAAUAUGCACACAACGCCUAGAGGCGUGAUAAAAGAAAAUGGAUUUGUUUGUUUUCCAACACAGUUGGAACGAGGCGAUGUUCUUGUGAUCGGCGGAGCGAAUGUCGACCGAACCUACAGGAUAUCCGAAGAAAAAAUCCAGCUGGAUGGCAGUACCCAUGCAAGUAAAAUGGAACACUGCGCCGGCGGGGUCGCACGCAACAUUGCUGAAGCGCUAUGGCGCCUGCAGAACGGACGUACUAAACUACUCACGGCAUUGGGGGAGGACACUGAUGGCGUGUUCAUACAAAACCUCAUUCCAGGACUUGUACUGGACGGUUGCGUAGUAAAAGGCCACCGAACUGCAACGUAUUCUGCCGUUUUCGACAAAAACGGUGAUUGUGUCAUUGGCAUGGGAGAUAUGGAUAUCCAUAAUAAUAUAUCAAUAGAAAUGGUUGACAUGCACUAUGACAUUAUGGCAAAUGCACCUUUAGUGGUCAUCGAUGGCAAUAUACCACAAAACACGAUGGAUUACGUCCUACAAGAGUGUCGCAAGCUCAACAAGCCAGUUUUCUUCGAGCCAACAGACAGAAGGAAAGCGAUAAGACCUCUUAUUAAUCGCCAUCAACUUACGUACGCGUCGCCGAAUUUAGCAGAACUAAAAGCGAUGGCUCAACAAUUAGCAGAACUACCUGAUAAGCUUGAUGGUUCUCGUAUAGAAAUCGAUGAGGUUUCUGGGAUUGCUAAACUAACACAGAAAUUAACUAAAAAUGUACAAAAUAUAAUAAUUACAAUGGGUUCAAGAGGAGUUAUAGUUGUUGGUCGUAACGACUAUAAAUCCGAUCAAGGGAACACACUAUCUCUUCGUUUUUAUGAAACGAACCCAUUAAAAAAUGUUGAGAACGUUUCUGGAGCUGGCGAUUGCUUUGCAAGUGGAUAUAUUUAUGGCCUCUUAUGUAAUCUCACGGAGCCGGAGUGCGUUAGUUUAGGUUUUGAAACCGCAAACAGUGCUCUAUUUUGCAAAACAACCGUACCCGUUACUUUAACAGUGCCACAAAAUUUUAGUGGUGCUAAAUGUAACAUUUUUCAAUUUUAAUGCUUAGAUUAAGGAUUGGUCUUCGCUGCGCUCUAACUAGAAACCGUAGUCGCAAGGUGCGGCAACUAAUACUACGCCCAAGUGGGCGUACUCAAGCCAGUCUCGAACAAUUUAUUUUUACUAUAGGAUUUCCACCACAGCACUAGGUACUUGGAACACACCCACAUUGC